AUGACCAAGAAGCGUGGAAAGAAGCGCGCCCACACCGGAAGCGCCCGCGGUGAAACACCUCCUGUUGGGCCUCAAACUGUCUCAGCACCACCGCCCGUCGAUUGUGAACAGCUGAGUGUUAGCAAAUGCGCUUCUUCCUUCUCACUGUACACCACUCACUUCACCGAUUGCAUUUGGGUAUCGCGUACCGAGUUAAAAGAAAUCAUACCUGAGUUCAAGAGUAUGACGGAAAAAUUGUGCCUAGAAACGGAGGUCAGCAACGUUUACUGGGAUCUCGCCGCCAAAAUCACCUCUUACAGUGAUGUUGACGAGGCACUGUCGCUCGUGCUUGUUCACGUUGCACAUUCCUUGCCCAUACUUACGCUAGGCCCACAAGGUUCUGGUCCCAACGUUCGUUUAUCAGCCGAAUUUGGCCGUACCUAUCACGGUACUGCGCCAGACCGCUUCCUCCAGUUAAUCACUGAAGAGGAUCGGAAGUACAGCAAGGGUUAUCAAUAUAGCUGCAAUCUCCCUUACCACCGAGGCACUACCAUCUUCCAGUCAAGCGGCACCGGCAAGUCGCGCAUGGUAUACGAAUGUAGGCAUCGAACUCCUCUUCUCUAUGUCUGCAUUGGACCAACUAGCGCCGAAGGACCGGCCAAGAAAGCUUAUCCCCUUCCUGACCGUGGUGUACGUUCCUUUUUCGAAGAGGCUCAGAAGACCCACAAGGAUAAGUGUAACCUUCAGAUUGCCUGUUUCCUUGGCGCUUGGUUCUCGGAGCUUGCUCAACGCCUCGCCAACUUGCCCACUCAGCAGCAAAAACACGACUAUCUGAUGCAGCUCAACCAUCUCCAUCUAAAGGAUGGUAUCAAUGCUGAACGCACCGACUUCUUCGAAACCGUUUCCGAGCGCGCUUCUGACACCCUCAAGCGUGCCGACAGCAGCUUUGACGAAAAGUCGAAACAUGAUGAACUCUUCACCGCUCACCUCAAAUCGCCGCUUGCCGCCCUCGAACGAGAGAUGAAGUACAUUAUAGCUCACAUGCACCCGCCCAACGACCACGGCGGAUCAUCACCCAGGCCUCCUAUCAUUGUGGCCUUCGACGAGUGCGUCGAACUCAACAUCGAAAAAAACCCAGACAUCAAUCAGCUCAACAGCCUCCGCCGCGCAUGGAAUUGGAUCAAUGCCCAACAAGCCAGCGCCAAGACCACGACGUUCUGGCUUGUGUUGAUCAGUACCAGCAGCAGCGCGGCCUAUCUUGUCAAGCACGCUGGUUCAUCGGGGUCCGCCCGUGACAUAGAAUCAUUGGCACUGCCCAUUUUCAUCGGCGUUAGUUUUGACGUGCUGCUUUCACAGCAACCCAGCCUUUCUUGCGCCUCGCAAGCUUCUGCGGACUCUCACAUCAUUUACUACGGACGACCGCUGUGGAAAACAUUCAGUUCUGGAAGCCUCUGGAGCCCCGCCCACUGCUUCAGCGUCUUGGCGUCUCGUCUCGCGCUAGGCCUUUCGCCGACUCAAUCGCCCAACUCGGAAAUCUUCGCAAGACAGAAGCAAUUCGUCGACAGCACAGUAGAUCGCCACAUGCGCAUUGUCACGCAUGUUACCAGCGAGGGUGUCAUGCACGUUGAAUCUCCAUCAGAGCCUGUGCUAGCCAUCGCUGCUUCCAAUAUUAUGCUGGAUCCCCAACUCGAGGAACCUCAUUUUCAGCAACGUUGCUUGCUCGACCCCGGGGUUCCCGUGCUGAAGGGCAGUUUCGGAGAACUUGCCUCGCGGAUCAUCUUGAUGGUUGCUUGCGACGCCGUGAAGCGCAAAAAAAUCGAACAAACCGAGCCAAAGGAAUCGUCGGACACCCAGCACGUGGGCGCCAGCAUCUACGCCAAGCCCGUACCUCUCGAAAGCGUUCUUGAGAACCUUGCCGAGCUCGACGAAGCCAAUCGCACUGCGCUGCGCCAACGCCUUGAAGAUGUCUACGAUGCCGGCUCGCGCACCGAACGGCAUGCGAUUCCGUUCAGAGAUCAGUUGCAGUCGGCUUCCGCUACGCUGCCGAUGUGGAUCAACUUUACGCAUUUCGACUUGCUUCCCGAAGAGAUCAACGAGAUAAGCCCCCGAAUUUCUGUGGCACUGUUGGAAACGUGGAGUCAUCUCGACCGGCCCUUCGUUGAUGGUUCAUCCACCGAUGCCUCUAACAUCACUCUUGAGCCCAGAGAGGGCGAGAGGCACGCUGCGCGCUACAUGACCUACAUUGCCUGGGAAGCAAAGAACCGAAGGGAUCCACAGAGCACCACGGUCCCUGCUAGUUCAGCGCCUGUCGUUGCUGGACCGGUGAUCAAGAGCGCCUCGAUGGCACCGCCAAACGAGAAGCCACUGACCGAACAGGCUCUGUUGAUCGUGCUUUUCGACCUUGGCACAAGCACCGGGUUCAAGAAAGCGCAAGACGGCUCUCGACCGCAAGUGACGCCUAUUACCGGUCAACAGUGCCCUCGGCUGUGCAUUCGGGGUUUGCUCGGCCCGCACGCUUACCCCUGUCUCGACCUUUUCGAGGCCCGUUCAACCUUGGUGGACAUUCUGUCGUCUAGCUCUGAUCCCGCACCAAACCCUCUCAACAUCAUCGAAAAGCCCAUGUGGAAUGAGCGCAUCCAGCCCGAGUCGGAUUCCAUUUAG